CUUGAGGGGAACGCAGGCAGGAGACACAUCGAAGGUGCAGCGAUGAAGAGGGCCACAAAGCAAACUUGUAUCUCCCUGCUCUGCCUGAUGAUGACAAUAGCUUAUGGGACCACCCUUGAUACCUGCCCAGAAGUGCAGGUCGUGGGCCUGGGAGGUGACGAGAAGUUGGCCAUCCUCCGGGGAUGCCCUGGCACUCCUGGUGCGACGGGACCACAAGGGGAUCCAGGUGUCCCUGGUGCAAAAGGUGAGAGAGGCCUGCAAGGAAUCCCUGGGAAAAUCGGACCCCCGGGAUUGAAAGGAGACAAAGGUGACCCAGGCACUCAUGGGGAGAAAGGUGAUAAAGGUGACGCAGGAGCCCCAGGGAAGGUUGGACAGAAUGAGCUGAAUGACAUCCAUUGCAAGCAAGGUGCCAGAAAUUGCAAAGAGCUGUUGGCCAAGGGGGUGCUCCUGAGCGGCUGGUACACCAUCUACCCCCAGGACUGUGUGCCCCUGACGGUGCUGUGUGACAUGGAUACCGACGGAGGGGGAUGGAUCGUCUUCCAAAGGCGAGUGGACGGCUCUGUGGAUUUUUACCGGGACUGGGACUCUUACAAGAGAGGGUUUGGAAGCCAGCUCACGGAAUUCUGGCUGGGAAAUGACAACAUCAACCUGCUGACCUCCUUGGGAGCAAAUGAACUGCGCAUCGACCUCACCGAUUUUGAUAACAACCACGUAUUUGCAAAGUAUGCGUCCUUCACAGUUUCGGGGGAAACUGAUCAGUACCGGCUGGCGCUUGGGAGUUUCACUGAAGGCACUGCAGGUGAUUCGCUCACUGGCCACAACACCAUGCCUUUCUCCACCAAGGACAAACAGCAAGACCCUGAGAAUAAGAGAUGUGCAGAGGCAUAUAAAGGAGCCUGGUGGUACAGCAAUUGCCAUAACUCUAACCUCAAUGGGAGGUACUGGCUGGGGGCCCACAGCUCUUAUGCCGAUGGAGUUAACUGGCAAUCUGGCAAGGGGUACAACUACUCCUACAAGCGUUCAGAAAUGAAAUUCAGGCCAGUGGCCUAGCGGAGAAAAGCGAGAGAUGUGACUUCCAGAUGUGACUUUCAGCUGGACGCUCCUAGGCAUGUGGGCUCCUCCUCUUCCAUUGCACUCUGAUAUGGUCUUCAUUCCAGAUUGGCCAGCAAGAACUGUCUAUCCUCUCCCUGCAAUAAACAACAACAGGAAAGCUGUUGACAGCAGUCUCCACCAGUUAUCUCAUGAGCUCUUGAUCUACAUCCAUCCAUGCAGCUUAUGUCAAACAGUAGGAACCCCCCCCAAACCUGUAUCAGUGAAUCUUUUGAAGUUGUGCAAGAAUUUGCCAAUAUAAAUGUCAGAUAAUGUUUUUUCCAGUCUGAUUCUCUAACAUCUUCACCAGUGGUUGCUUUUCAGCACAUUGUAGAAACUGAGAAAUGUGUGCUCAUAAAAACUGUAAUCUCACCUACGCAAUUCAGUAAUCCCAUGGCUGUUCACCAUAUGUUGGAUGGUGAUAUCCAAUUUGUUGGAAUGUAUGAGGUUCAACUCCAACUUGGUGGGUUGAGGCUGCAUGGGGUUAAUAAGGGUACCUAGAGAGCUAGACCUCUUGCUGGUUGAGGCUAUACCUAUCCCUUUGAUCCUGCCGUCUCUUCCCUUCCUGCUAGACUGAUAAGGAACAGGAUGUUUGAUCUCAGUUCCUUCCCGCCUCUCUCUGUGUUCUCUUUCUCUCGAGAGGGGAGCAGACAUCUUCUUUUUUGUUUCUCCUCUCAUAAGAACAUAAGAACAUAAGAAGAGUCUGCUGGAUCAGGCCAGUGGCCCAUCUAGUCCAGCAUCCUGUUCUCACAGUGGCCAACCAGGUGCCUGGGGGAAGCCUGCAAGCAGGACCCGAGUGCAAGAACACUCUCCCCGCCUGAGGCUUCCAGCAACUGGUUUUCAGAAGCAUGCUGCCUCUGACUAGGGUGGCACAGCACAGCCAUCACGGCUAGUAGCCAUUGAUAGCCCUGUCCUCCAUGAAUUUGUCUAAUCUUCCUUUAAAUCCAUCCAAGCUGGUGGCCAUUACUGCAUCUUGUGGGAGCAAAUUCCAUAGUUUAACUAUGCGCUGAGUAAAGAAGUACUUCCUUUUGUCUGUCCUGAAUCUUCCAACAUUCAGCUUCUUUGAAUGUCCACGAGUUCUAGUAUUAUGAGAGAGGGAGAAGAACUUUUCUCUAUCCACUUUCUCAAUGCCAUGCAUAAUUUUAUACACUUCUAUCAUGUCUCCUCUGACCCACCUUUUCUCUAAACUAAAAAUCCCCAAAUGCUGCAACCUUUCCUUGUAAGGGAGUCGCUCCAUCCCCUUGAUCAUUCUGGUUGCCCUCUUCUGAACCUUUUCCAACUCUAGAAUAUCCUUUUUGAGAUGAGGCGACCAGAACUGUACACAGUAUUCCAAAUGCGGCCGCACCAUAGAUUUAUACAACGGCAUUAUGAUAUCGGCUGUUUUAUUUUCAAUACCUUUCCUAAUUAUCGCUAGCAUGGAAUUUGCCUUUUUCACAGCUGCCGCACACUGGGUCGACAUUUUCAUCGUGCUGUCCACUACAACCCCGAGGUCUCUCUCCUGGUCGGUCACCGCCAGUUCAGACCCCUUGAGCGUAUAUGUGAAAUUAAGAUUUUUUGCUCCAACCAGCAUGAGGGCGAGUACUGGGACCAGUGCUCAUUUCUCCAGCAUAGACCAGUUAAGCUAGAUAUCGGAAUCUUUCCUAUCAAGCAUAUACUUCCAGAAUAAAGUAGUUGUUUCUUAUUUUAAAGCUUAAAAUCUCUCUGACUAAUUUUCAGGGAAGGUAAAAUCUUAGCAAAGAUUCAUACACACACACUAAGCUUGCUCAAUACUCUCCGUUUCGCAGCACAUAUACAACUUUGCUACGCAUCUCAAUAGAGAGCAAAAUUCCGACACAAUUCUAGUGUCAACCCAGUAGGGUAGCCCACAUUCCAAUUCUCUCUUGUGGGUUUUCCCUUGGAGCAUCUGGUUGGACACUGUGAGAACAGGAUGCUGGAUUAGAUGAGCCCCCAUUGGCCUGAUCCAACAGCCACACUCUUGUGUCCUUCCUUGAACCUGCUGCAGGGGCUGUGGGUUCCCUACUGCUAUUACAGUGGUCUAUGCGGUACUAGGUGAAUGGCCAGCUGAAUUCCAGGUCUCCUCCUCAUGGCUCCUGUGCUUUAGCCCAGACAGUAUACAUUAGAAGGAGGGAUGAACAGCGCUUGAGUAUGCCCAGAGAUCAGUACUGCCCAGCAAUCCAAUGAAGAAGUUUAUUUAACAGGAGUAUUUAAAAAGAGGGGAAAUUGGGAAGAACAGCAAUUAUUUGCCAAUCUAAAGGAAAAUAAAGCCCUCAGCCAGAAUACUGGUUUAUCUAGUCAUAUACUAGGCCAGGGGUAGGGACCUGGAGACAGCGGCAGGCCCGAUCCUUGUGUUUCCUACCCCACAGGCCAAGUUUGACAGGUGGAUGGGACCAUCCACUUUCAAACGCCUGAUGCUAUUAAUUUAUUUUUAUUCAUUACAUUUAUUGAUAGCUUUUUGCACAAAAGUGUCUCAGAGCAACUUCCAAUGUAAAAACAAGACAUCAGUAUGAAAAGAAGGGUGAAAUAAAGCUAAAGCUAACAUGCUCAUCCAUAAUUUAUUACAAAAAGACAAAUCCAACCCACCCUGUUAAAAGAUGAGUGCAACAACAAGCUAAAAACAUACCUGAUUACCCUCCAAAUUAAGAGCUGUUAGCAUAAAAUAGAACCAUAGGAGCCUGGCCUUCCUUUCCUUGAUUGGGUCAGCACAGCAGGGCUGUUUUGCUUGCUAGUAGGGAGUGGAGGAAAAUUCAGUUAGGUGAACCUUCCUAAUUCACACUUUCCAAAACAAUGUAAGGACCAAAAUACAGCCAUCCCUUGAAAUUUGCACUUUGCCUAGGUGAUGUCACUCACUACCUUGGAAUACAAAUUGAAAGAGAAGAUGAUGGAUCUUCUUGCUGAAUCAAAAACAAAAGAUCCAAGAUCUCUCGAGAGUCUAGGACUGAAGGAUGCACAUCCAGCACCUACUCCAAUGGAAGUAGGACACCUGAAACCAGACCACAACAAACAACCAUGGCAAGACCAUGAGAGCUACAUACAAGCCAUUGGGAAACUUCUGUAUAUCAGCACUGUUAGCAGGCCAGAUGUGGCGGUAGCAGUGGGGUACUUAUGCAGAAGAACCAGCUUGGGAGCCAAAAAGGACUGGGAAGCAAUCAAGAGAGUGGCGAGAUAUCUGAAGGGCACUGCAACCAUGAAACUGAAGUUAGAGGCUACCCGAGAUCCCAAACUAGUAGGAUAUGCAGAUGCUGAUUGGGCUGAAGACACUACAGAUCGAAAAUCCACCAGUGGAAACAUCUACUAUGGAAAUUCAGUGAUCAGCUGGGCAAGCAAGAAACAAGAGACUGAAGUACUCUCUUCCACAGAAGCAGAGUAUGUGUCAGCUUCUGAAGCAAGCAGACAGUUGAUGUGGCUGCUUGAACUGUUCAAAGAUUUAGGCAUCUCUAUUCCUGGGCCUGUUGUGAUGCAUGAGGACAACCAAGGAUGCAUCAGACUCAAAGAGUCAGAAGGGGUGAGAUCACGGACCAAGCACAUAGACGUGAAGCAUCAUUUCAUUAGAGAUACCUACUGCAGAGGACUACUCAAGAUGGAGUAUUGUCCAACAGAUGACAUGACUGUAGAUGCUCUCAUGAAGACUUCAUAAUAUCAGUACUGCUACCAAGCCAGAUGUGGUGGUACCAGUGGGAUACGUGUGCUGAAAAACCAGCUCGCCAACCAAAAGGGACUGGGAAGCAAUCAAGGAUACAACAGACUCUUGGAGUCAGAAGGGGAGAGUUCACACACCAAGCACAUAGAUGUGAAGCACCUACCUACCACCGAGGACUACUCAAGAUGGAGUAGAACAGAAGAAAUGGCUGCAGACGUUCUCACAAAGACGUUGGGCAAAGUCAGACAUUGCAAGCUGCGAGACAAGAUGAACCUUGUGGGCUGAACCAAACACUCGUUAAGGGGUGUUGGAACUGGGGCAAGAGCAACUCGUUUUGUUCUUGUGUUUGUGUUCCAGAAGGGAGAUAGGCUUGAUUAUCUUUACCUGUGAUGCUCUGACUGAGAUACAAGGGGAGAAUGGAGGCAGCAAUUGCCAGAUAGUUGAAAAACACUUAGAAUGAUUUUAAAAAAUAAAUAAAAAGGAUGAGAGGAUCGGGCCAGAAGCAGCAGAAGAAACUAAAAUGAAUAAAAUGGUAAACAGAAGCAGAAAGAGGAAACCGGGAACAGAUACAGGGUGGUGGAGGAAAAAAGAGAGAAAAGAACGCUUGAGAAAGGCAAACUGCUGCCACCGUGGCUAAGGCAAAACCACCACCGUGGUGGCUGAGGGACUGAACGGGAAUGGAAGAAGCGGGAAGGAUAAAGCUGAGGGAAGAAUGUGUUAACAAGUUAAACUCCACAGACAAAAAAGGGUUUGAGAACUAACAAAAAAUGAGGAGAAGACUUGAGUGGUAGACCCUUAGAAAAGAGGCUCCAGGAAGGAAAAAGGAUGAGAAACAGGGUGGUGGUGAGAGAAUGUCAGGAGAAGAAUUAACAGAAUGCUGAUGGGGAAAAAAUGGGUCAAAAACACUCAUGAAAGCAAAUGGAAGGACUGGCCAGGGAAAGGAACACUGAGGAUGAAGAACCAGGUAGAACAAAGGAAGUAGAAAGCGAGGCUGAUAAGAAGAAUGAACGAGAAACCUUCCCUGGUCACAUUUCAGCUCAGGCUCCUUAAUAGGCACUGAAGUGAGGAAAGUUGUUUGGGAGAAUGGGAGCCUACUGUGUUUUUCAAUUGUGUGAGUAAAAAGAUCGAACUGCUGUACUGUAUAUUUUACUCAGGGGAGAUGGUCAUAACCACGAUAUAUCCGAUUCUGUGGCACAAUGAGAUGUGUUAUAUCAAGAUUCUACUCUGUCUGUCUGUCUGUCUCUGAAUUUAAAGAGUGUUUGGUUCAUGCUUAGUUCAAGAGAGUGAGUGUGAUUUAGUGGUUAAAGAGUCAGACUGGGACCUGGGAGACCAGGGUUCAAAUCCCCGCUUGGCCUUGAAGCUCACCUUGGACCAGUCACUGCCUCUCAGCCUAACCUGUCAAAGAUCCAUCCCCCUAGGGUUCCUUACCCUCAGUACUCCAAGGGGGUUCUUUGCUUCUGAGAACAGUCCCCACCCCACUGGGUUCCCCCUUCUCAGGCACGCUCCUCCCUUUCCACAGAAGUAAUUAUCCCUGGUAUUCACUGCCACCACCCUUCUUUCUGAAUUCUUCCCCUGAGUGAAGGGGCCUCAGAGAAGUAUGUGAUUUUAGAGGGAUCUACCCUCACUAAUCAAUCCGUAGCGUUCAGCCUUCCAGCACUAGAUUUAGAAUCCUUAGUUCCAAGCCAAUACAUGCCUUUUAUACAAAGAUUGUUUAUUUAAGGGUAGAUAUGUUAGUAUAUACAAAGGAGAAAUAGUAGUUUGAUUCCUUAAAGCUAAUCACCCUCAGGCAGGCUACACACGGUCAUUGGCAUAACAAAAGGAGAGAUGUUCAAUACAGACACAAAACAAAAGAAAGACUUAUCCUAACUAAGAUCCUAUACUUACAUCCACGUAACUCUAUUCCUCCGCAGCCGCAGCCGGGUUCCCAAAAGGCUGUCCCUGUUACACAUCAGCAAGUUGAGGUAGAUGGAACAAGAGGGAACUCCCUUUUGAAAGAACCUUAGGUCCAGGCUAUCUGUUAGAUCGUGUCUCCCUCUAUGACCCUGUCCAAGUUUUGAGAUCAUCUGGUGAGGCCCUGCUCAAUAUUCCAUCAAUAUCCCAUCUUUCUCACAAGCUUGCUUUGUAAAAACACAGAAUAGGGCCUUUUCAGUGGCUGCCCCUAGAUUGUGGAAUUCCCUCCCUAGCGAGGUUCGACUGGCUGCCUCACUUUCAUCCUUUCGUGCCCAGGUUAAGACUAUUUUAUUCAGACGGGCUUUUAACUAAUAUUGUCUUUUUUUAACUUUUACUGAUUUAAUCUAUUUUUAAUUGUUUUAAACUGUAUAUUGCUUGUUUUUAAUUGAUUAUGGUUUUUAUUUGUAAGCCGCCCUGAGUUCCUUGGAAAUAGGGCGGGGUAUACAUAUUUUAAAUAAAUAAAUAAAUAAAUAAAUAAAUAAAUAAACCUUCUUCAUAUUUAUGGGUUUCUUUUCCUCAACAAGGAGGGGGGGACUGUAAAUAGCCAUAUCCCGCCCCUGCUGGGGAUCCCUUCCUUUGAAGUCUUUGAAGAUUGAGAGAGCUAGACAGAAUCAUCCAGGUGUCCCGAUCUACAACAUCCCCUCUUCCUGAUUUUUAAUCCCAGGAAGCUGAUAAGGGGCAACACCUAAGAAUCAGUUGCAUUUCCUUGCAAGGUUGUAAAUUGCCUGUCUGACACUGAGCUUCGGAUCUUCCCCAGUAGGGAAUCGUAAGGAAGCCACAGGCUCCCAGAAUUCUCUCUGGUUGCCUCACUUCAGCCUGACCAAAGUUAGCUAUUCUUGACAUAACCUACCUCACAGGGUUGUUGUGAGGAUACAAUGGGCAGGGAGAGAACCUUGUAUGUCCACCACCUUGCACUCUUUCGAAGAAAUAAAUGUGGGAUAUAAAU